ACUGGAGAACCGGAUACCAGAAGAAAAAGUUCAAGAAACUGAAAGCUAUCCACCUGACUUCAAGAUCCAGAACUUACUGUAUCGCCCGUCCAUCCAGCACCAGACAUAGCACCAAUAAUUAUAUGUAUUCUACUGAGGAAACCAAAAACUGAAGGGGGCUUAUUUAGGAAGGGUUUGGGCUUAUUUAGAUACUUCUAGCCUAGGCGUGCGUGACAAACUCCCUGAUACUCCGGAACGGGUGAGGUAAGCCCGGUCUCCUGCACGGCUCUCUCCUCCCGGCUAGGGGGCGCUGCUGCUCCCCGGCGGCUUCUCUCGCACUCGGCCUCCUCUUGUCGGGCCGGCAGGACAUGGCAGUGACAGCGGCUCAGGCGCACGGAGCAACCGCACAGCCAGCACCGGGCAGGAGGCUCCAGGCCUGAUGCUCUCACCCACGCCGCGGACUCUACUGAAUACCAAGCCGGGGACAGGCCGCAUGUGCCCCCAGCCCAGCAUGAGGAGCCCCCCGGCAAGUGCCCUACGGCAGACCGUAGGACAGAGCGCCCUGUACUGACCUCCUCGGGGCAGAAGCGAUUUAAUUCAUUCAAGAGUAGUUUUGGCCGCCCGCUCCCAGCUCCUUCCACUCCGGACAAAGUCCUGGUGUGAGGAAAACGCGUUGGAAAUGUUCAACGAACGGCACAUGCGCAGUGACCAGUAUCAAAAUUGAGGCUUGGAACGGAUGUAUGCGUAAAUCCCGCAAAAUCAGAUACUUGGAGUGCAAGAACGUACUGGGAGCAUAUCUUCAAUGUGGCCCGUACCUAAACCUCAGAGGUCUUUAACAAAUGGAGAACUAUUUUGAGGAAGAAUCCUGUAACCUGGACAAAGUACUAGAUGAAUUUGAAAAAAAUGAAGAUGAGACGGUUUCCCCAAGAUUAUUGGAUGCUAAGUGGAGUCAGAUCUUAAAUCCACCUCAUCGGCUGACGCACAACCCUGCACUAGACAAUGUCAGUAAAUCUAUUAUAGAUGUCGAUGCUCACCUGAAAGACAGGUCACCCAGCCCAACACCCCCAUCUGAGACUCUGUGUGCCAAUGGAGUGACGGAGUGUGUGGCUGAAGAGAUGCCCACCAUGGUGACAGAAGAUUGCAGCAUGUCUCACAGCAAUGCCCAGCAUGGAAUUGUAUGCAGUAGCACCUCAUCACCCAAAGAUAUAAGUUGUGCCAAAGGCGCUGUUCCAGAAGAGAGAGCGUCUCCUUGCAGCAGCCCUAAGAGUCAUCCUGUUGUGUACUCUGAAAGGUCUUUUAUGGACGGUGGAAGAACCAUGCAAUGCCAAUCACAUGUUACCGACACCAGUCACCAACCGCAGGCUUAUGCCGAUUGUAAAACCGAGAUCCAGGUCUCUGCUAAUACUGAUGCCAGUGUGUGUACUACAGCAUCGGGACAAAAUGGUGUGAACAUUAAUACACUUUCUGCUUUUUGUGAACAUAACAUUAAACACCCUAUUGGACUGACCCAAGAAUGUGCUCAUGUGUCCCUGUUGUCUGAUCUCCAUCAUUUCCCAAGUAAACUUACUGUCCCUAACACAGGCAAAGACAAAAAUGUCUACUGUCCGCUUAAUGUUCCAGAUGUUCACAGUGCUGCAGAUGAGAGUCAGAUGAAAGUGUCAUUUACUCUGCCUCCAGAUUAUCACGUUCAUGUGUCUGGAGGUGGACACAGUCCUGCAGAUGUUGAUGAAAGUGUCCUUGAUAAUAAUGGAUCCCCUGACCUUGUGGUGGAGCAUUUCUCAAACUCCUGUGGGUCUAAUGGGGACUUCAAUGCCAUUUGUGUUAAAGAGAUAAAAGAUAAUGUCAGUAUGUAUCAUGUUAGUGAUGUUUUUUUGGACAAUUCUGGUAGUGGUGAGGGAAGCCUGUGUAAUUCUGAUGGAACAAAUGUAUUAUUGUCUCUGUACAAUGGCUGUGAUUCCUGUGGAAUGCAAAACCCAACUGUAGCUGAAAACCAAAAGAGUUUACCAUCAAAGGAAGACUCUGUGACUGAGGAGAAGGAAAUUGAAGAGUGCAAGUCGGAAUAUUAUGCUAGUGUUUACGAGCAGAGGGAUGAUGAUGUCACAGAAAGAAGCGGACUUGUGUUAAACAACAGUGGUGACCAAAUGAAGAACCAUUUGCAUGGUAUCUGCAGUCAAGUGGCACCUGUGCAUGGGGAGACAUCACCAAAAAUGGGCGGCAACAUGCAACCCCUUAGUGUCCCCUAUGGUGGAGCUCGUCCAAAGCAGCCAACUCAUCUCAAGCUGCAGAUUCCAAAGCCAUUAUCUGACAUGUUACAGAGUGAUCUGGUCCCCCCAAAUGCCGGCUGUAGCUCCAAAAAUAAAAAUGAUGUGCUCAACAAAUCAAGUUGGAGUGACAAGCUAGUGUCUGAGGCUCUCCGUGAUGAAGCUGUAGUCCACAGUCCCGUUAUUGCUGGAGAUUACAGGGGACCCAGUAACGCAUGCCUUGCUGUGUCCCCAGGCAGCCCUGAUAAUGACCUUCUUGCUGGCCAGUGUGGACUCUCCAAUGCCAAGCCAUUCACAACUCUGGGGGAGGUGGCUCCGGUUUGGAUCCCUGAUUCCCAUGCACCGAACUGUAUGAAGUGUGAGGCCAGGUUCACAUUUACCAAGAGGCGACAUCACUGCAGAGCGUGUGGGAAGGUAUUCUGUGCCACCUGCUGCAGCCUCAAAUGCAAACUAUUGUACAUGGAUAAGAAGGAGGCGCGCGUGUGUGUGACCUGCCAUUCUGUGCUCAUCAACGCUCAAGCUUGGGAGAAUAUGCUGAGUGCGUCCGUCCAGAGCCCAAAUCCCAAUAACCCUGCGGAGUACUGCUCUACAAUUCCCCCCUUGCAGCAAGCCCAGGCUUCCGGGGUCCUCAGCUCUCCUCCUCCCACUGUCAUGGUGCCUGUGGGGGUCCUGAAACAUCCCGGAACUGAAGGGUCACAGUCCAGAGAACAGAGGAGGGUUUGGUUUGCUGAUGGUAUCUUACCAAAUGGAGAAGCUGCUGACGCAGGGAAAGUGAGCGCAGCUCCCGCGGCAGGAUCCUUAACGGAAUCACAUGAUGCCACUAAAUCCACCCCUAGCAACUCCGCACUCUCAGAGGCUGAGACCACAUCUGGGUUUUGCGGCAGUAUUACUCAGGUCGGCAGUGCAAUGAACCUUAUACCAGAAGAUGGUCUUCCACCUAUUCUGAUCUCUACUGGCGUGAAAGGAGAUUACGCAGUGGAAGAGCGUCCCUCACAGAUGUCCGUCAUGCAGCAGUUGGAGGAUGGUGGUCCCGACCCCUUAGUGUUUGUCCUGAAUGCAAACCUUUUGGCAAUGGUGAAGAUUGUGAAUUAUGUGAACAGGAAAUGCUGGUGUUUUACCACAAAAGGAAUGCAUGCGGCAGGACAGGCGGAGAUCAUUCUCCUGCUCCAGUGUCUGCCUGACGAGAAGUGCCUGCCCCGGGACCUGUUCAGCCACUGUGUGGAGCUCUACCAGGAGGCUUUGGCAGGUAAUAUGGUGGGGAAUUUGGGUCACUCGUUUGUAAGCCAGAGUUUCCUUGGCAGUAAAGAGCAUGGAGGCUUCCUGUAUGUCACCCCCACGUACCAGUCCCUGCAAGACCUGCUUCUCCCCGCACAGCCCUAUCUGUUCGGAAUACUCAUCCAGAAGUGGGAGACACCAUGGGCCAAAGUUUUUCCGCUGCGUCUCAUGUUGCGCCUGGGGGCAGAGUACAGACUGUACCCAUGUCCGCUGUUCAGUGUGAGAUUCAGGAAGCCUCUGUUUGGGGAAACUGGCCACACCAUCAUCAACGUCCUAGCUGAUUUCCGAAACUACCAGUACACGUUGCCGGUGGUCCAGGGGUUGGUGGUGGAUAUGGAAGUCAGAAAGACCAGCAUCAAAAUCCCCAGCAACAGAUACAAUGAGAUGAUGAAAGCCAUGAACAAAUCUAAUGAGCAUGUACUUGCUGGGGGCACAUGCUUUAACCAGAAGGCUGACUCUCACUUGGUGUGUGUACAGAACGACGACGGCAAUUACCAAACCCAAGCCAUCAGUAUUCAUAAGCAGCCACGCAAAGUGACUGGAGCCAGCUUCUUUGUCUUCAGUGGAGCACUCAAGGUAUCUUCCGGUUUCUUAGCCAAGUCCAGCAUUGUAGAAGAUGGCGUGAUGGUUCAGAUUACAGCAGAGAGUAUGGAUGCACUGAGACAGGCCUUGAGGGAUAUGAAGGAUUUUACCAUCACAUGUGGAAAGGCGGACGCAGAAGAGUCCCAGGAGCAUGUUUAUGUGCAAUGGGUGGAGGAUGACAAGAACUUCAACAAGGGAAUCACCAGCCCCAUCGAUGGGAAAUCCUUGGAGUCUGUGACCAGUGUAAAAAUUUCUCAUGGCUCAGAGUAUAAAGCCAACGGGAAAAUCAUACGCUGGACAGAGGUCUUUUUCUUGGACAGUGAAGAACAACAGAGUGGCCUUAGUGACCCCGCUGACCACAGCCGGUUGACAGAAAAUGUGGCCAAAGCUUUCUGCCUGGCGCUUUAUCCACAUCUGAAAUUGCUAAAAGAAGAUGGGAUGACGCGACUAGGGUUACGGGUCACUCUGGACUCUGACCAGGUUGGAUAUCAGGCAGGGAGCAAUGGGCAGCCGCUGCCAGCUCGCUAUACCCAUGACUUGGACAGUGCCUUGGUGCCAGUGAUACAUGGAGGCACUUGCCAGCUGAGUGAAGGCCCAGUCACCAUGGAGCUUGUUUUUUAUAUCUUGGAGAACAUAUUAUAGGGAAGACUUAAGCGGCUUAACCAUUUGCACUUUAUUCACGGAAGAUUCAUCCUUUUUUUUCUUUCUAACACUUGUACUGGGUCAGGGUGUAAGGGAUGGACACCAGAAUGCUUUCUACCUUCUAUGCAUAGUCAGUGGAGCGUGGCUACAUAAAUAUAUGCCGGGCCAGAGGAUUUCAUACACACUGAAAGCAACGGCUGCUCUGGAUGAGAGAGAAGUGUGUGACACAAUCAGGAAUUUCACUCUGACCUCAUUUAAAUCAUCGCUGCAAAUUCUUCUGCUGGUGUUUAUAGUAUAUGGUUUCACCAUUUUCAUGUUUACACUGUGGAGACCAGCCUGAGCCUCCUAUCCCCAAUGUAUGACAUGGCCUGGAAGCCAAAGUGCAUGAAUCCAGGCAAUAUUCACUGGGCUGGCUCCUUACUCGCAGGGCAGCAAUAUUUUGGACAAUUCAGGAGCGCACAAGACUUUUCUGUCCACAUUGUAGUCUUAUGGAAUUGUGAUCUUCGUUCAUCCAUCUGUGGUGGAGGAACAUUGUAUGAGACAUAAUGCGUUACACAAUUUGGUCCAUAAACCGCUCCUCCGUUUUAGCUGGCGUUACACGUUCCCGUUUACACUACAGUACCGCUUACUGCACUCUGGGAAGUACAUGGAAACGGCAUACAUGUUACAGGAAUUCUGUCUCCUGUGUGACCAGACAGAUGUUUACACAGGACUAAGAUUGACACUAUACACCACAUAUAGUCACAUUCUGCUGCAGAGUCUCCUUUUAUUUAACACUGAGAAUAAACUGUUAUUUAUUAACAUCAAAUGAAAUUCUUGUCCUGAAGAUAAGUGUUAUAAACCCCAGGUAUCUGUCAUACAGUUCCUCUAUGUUCCCCACAGAACUGUUAUUUCUGCAUCGAGGUACACUGGAUUCCACGGAAAUACAUCGGGGGGUAGAGUUGGAUCUUGAUCCGAAGCACCAACAGGCUAAAGCUUUGACUGUUCUCCUCUAUAACCCCUCCCCCGGGCACUGGAGCUCAGUUUUAGAGGUGGUGCCUGAAGAGCAGGUCACUAACAGGUGGGGCUGCGCUAGGCAGGCCUGAAAAGAGCUUUUUAAGAAGACUUCAAGGACUGCAGCACUGUUUAUGUCAUUAUGACAUACUGUGCUGCGGCUCCAUCACCUCCCCAGCAGCGCUGCAUACUCCUGCGGCCGGGUUCCCGGGUACUUGCAGCGGAGGCACACCGGUCUUCAGACACACCACCGCUGACUCUCUCCUGGAUCGCGUGACUGCACAUUAGGGAGGAGGUAAGAGGGUCCCCCAGGUGGGACCCGCCAGUAAAUCGCAGUCCCAGGAGAUGGACACUGUACUGCACAGGGACCCCACUAUAUCCACCAGGGCAGGGAGAACAGGUCAGAUUUAAUAAAAUCCAUUUUACGUAGGCUCCACAGUACCCGGUGGUGAGGGCCAGCAUAUGGGAUAAGGCGCUGACCUGUAGCCCCUCCCCCACUCCCGGGCGCCAUCUACUUCUGGUGUUCCCGCCCUGGAGCUGUAUUUCACUCUCCCUCACUCCCUGACAGAGAUUUUGGCGCCAUCUUUACCUUUGUAAAGCCGUCUGUCUCAUCAGCGCUGUGCAUUUACAGGACACUUAAGUAUUCUACAUGUCAUUUUAGACAGCAUUAGUUAAGAACAAGUGUAUUACUACCUGAAUAUUUAGUACAAAUAUUCUAUGAUAUACAUCCAGUGUUUACUGUGCAUUGUUAUAGCUAGCUAUCUAUCUAUCUAUCUAUCUAUCUAUCUAUCUAUCUAUGUAGUUUUACUAGUCCACUGCUGUUUUAUUGUUUAUCUGUACUAACUUCAGCAUUGUACCUGUGACUGAGUGUGCCUGUAGCUGCUGUGUGGAUUUCAUUCUCGUGUAUCACACUUCUUGUUAUCACUAUAUUCUGUUCCCUGGGGGGCUAGGUGCGUCAGAGUCUCAUAUAUAUGUAUGUGUAUGUGUGUGUGUGUGCGUAUAUAUGUGUAUAUAUAUAUAUAUAUUUGUCCAAAUGGUUCGGCACUCACCCUUCCUAAGGUGAUAUGCUCCGGUGCCUUCUGAAAUUACUCAUACUGAACAGUCCUUGCAGGCAGCGGCACUCGGAGACUGACACAGGCAGUAGUGGUGUUCAAAAAAACAAUUCAAUGCCUCACAUCAACUCCAACGUUUCGGGGCAAUCUAGCCCCUUUGUCAAGGUGCAAAAGUACAAAAACCUACUACACAGUGUUUAAUCCUCUGUUUGUGCCCUGUAUUUACUGUCACAUAAAUCAGGGGGUUAUCUGCAGGUAUUGUGUUUGUCUGGCUAUAUUGUACUGUUACGCUCUAAGGCUACAUUCCCUAUAAUGUCACACAGGGCGGGAAAUCCGUGGACGCUUCUGCAUCAUGCAGAUCUUGCACCACGGAUUUACCUGAGGGGGAAGUUUUAGCUGAUGGUUCAGUCACUGGGUGCCAUACAUCUCCCAGUCAGCCCGCGGCACCUGUGGCCAAUCAGGAACCACAUUGUGCAGCGUUCUCAAGUAUGCUGAAUAUGCUUGUGACAUGUCUUACGCCCCCUGUGGGACCUCCUGUGCCAUUGCAGCCACAUAUUGUCCCUGUAGUUAAUCCGCCCUGGGCGGACACUCUGUCUACCCACAACAAUUAAAUCAAUCUUUGGUUAGACAAAAGUCUACCCCACGCCCCUCUGGCGUCAAGGGGUCAUCUAAGCGGGCAAUUUCUUCCUCACAAUCCACUAAUAUUUCGGAUAAUUCUGAUGAGGAUGUGGUAUAUACUGAUCCAUCAGACACUGAUACAGUCGCUUCUGAUGAGGAAUCUACAACUCAGGUUGAUGUUCCUGACCUAGUAGAGGCUAUUACGCUGAUUCUCCAAAUUGAUGAUGAGAUCGAUCCCACUACUGCAUCUAAGAAACCUGAUAAGUUCAAACGUCAGAAGGUCACUAAAGUAGUCUUACCACAUUCUGACCAUUUAAUUGACAUACGUCAGGAAUCCUGGUCGUCUCCAGGAAAGAAAUUUUUCCUGUCUAAAAAGAUGCUAGCUCGUUAUGCUAUCUCUGCGGAGUUGAGUAACAAGUGGGAAACUCCACCGCUGGUGGACUCUCAUGUCGCCUGUCUUGUGGUGUCAUCUACUAUGCCUGUCACCACUGUCACCUCACUGAAGGAACCGACGGAUAAACGUGUGGAGGGAUGUCUGAAGUCUAUUUACUCCCUUACAGGUGCUGUACAUAGACCCACUAUAGCAGCCUCCUGGGCUGCGAAAGGAAUUGAAGCAUGGGUUCAGGCAUUAGAGGAUGAGCUACCUCAGGAUAUUUCUGACACUGCCAUGGCAGCCAAGGUGUCUACCACGUCUAUACUGGCUCGCCAAAUUCUGUGGUUGAAGUCCUGGAAGGUGGACCUGGACUCUAAAAAGACCUUGGAGGUGCUCUCCUUUUUGAAGAGGAUCUGAAUAAGAUUGUGACUGACUUGGCAACUGCUAUGACUGCGUUUCUCCCAAGUACGAAUCCUUCUGCACCGAAGGCAAAGACUACCACUUUUCGUUCCUUUAGACCUCCAGGGAAGGCAAAGGGUCAGGCGUACCCGAGACAGGCUCGUACUUCCAAAUCCACUAAGCCCAAACUUAAACAAUCCUGGGCAGCCCCUCAACCUGUUUACAAACAAGACAAGCCUGCUGCAUGACGGGGCGGGCCUCCCCCUGGGGGACCCCAGGGUGGGAGGCCGGCUUCUGCAGUUCGCCCAGGCCUGGUUAAAGACCACUUCGGACGCCUGGGUGCGGGAAGUUGUCUCUCACAGGUACGUAAUCUCUUUCAAGAGACGUCCCCCUUGCCAGUUCUGCUCGAUGGUUAUCCCUUUGGAUCCGUUGAAAGUGCAAGCUCUACACUUGGUUGUGCAAUCCCUCCUGCACACAGGAGUGGUAGUGCCGGUACCUCUGUCCCAGAGAGGCAGAGAAUACUAUUUGACCCUGUUUCUAGUUCUGAAGCCAAAUUGGUCCUUCCGGCCUAUACUCAACCUCAAAUUAUUGAACAAAUUUGUGAUAGUGUCCAAAUUCCGUAUGGAAACUCUGCACUCUAUUGUACUGGCCAUGGAAUUCGAACACUAUAUGGUAUCCCUGGACAUACAGGAUGCUUACCUGCAUAUACCUAUUGCCAUAUUGCAUCAGCAAUAUCUGCGGUUUGUUAUUGGCAACCUACAUUAUCAAUUCAAGGCUGUGCCAUUUGGACUGACCACGGCCCCUCAGAUCUUCACCAAGGUCAAUGCCAUGAUGAUGGCCCUUCUCUGCCGUCAGGGAAUCGGGAUCCUGCCGUAUCUGGACGACUUGCUGAUCCUGGCGAACUCCCAAGAUAUUCUCCUCAGUCAUCUGGAACUGACGGUCCAAUUCCUACAAGCCCACGGGUGGCUCAUCAACUGGAAAAUGUCCUCGCUGGUCCCUGAUUAGAGAAUGGUGCACCUGGGGGCACUGCUGGACACACACAGCCAGAGAUUGUUUCGGUCUCCAGAGAAAGUCCUGAAACUUCAGGACAGGAUCAGAUACUUCCUCUCUCGCCCAAGAGUGUCGAUACACUCGACAAUGCAAGUACUAGGCCUCAUGGUGUCUGCUCUCGACAUGGUAGAGUCCGCUCAAUUUCACUUCCGCCCUCUGCAGAGGUUAAUCCUUUUAAGUGGGACGGCCUGCCUCAUCGGAUCAGGUCUCAAAUGAUCUCCUUGAAUCCGCAGGAGCCGUUCCUUCUGGAUCUCCAACUGGGUCCUCCUGACAACGGACGCCAGUCUUCGAGGUUGGGGCGCGGUGUUGGAGCAGCACUCUCUCCAGGGUUGGUGGACCAGGGAGGAAUCUCUCCUCCCGAUAAACAUUCUGGAAUUGCGGGCAGUGUUCAAUGCGUUGACACUUGCCCUGCCUCUGGUAUAGAACAGGCCUGUUCAAGUACAAUCAGACAAUGCCACCACGGUGGCAUACAUAAAUCAUCAGGGCGGCACUCGAAGCCACAUGGCAAUGCUGGGAGUAUCAAAAAUCCUCCAUUGGGCGGAACGCCAUCUGCCAGCAAUAUCUGCAGUGUUCAUUCCCGGAGUCCUCAACUGGGAAGCAGAUUUCCUCAGUCGUCAGGACGUACACGCUGGAGAGUGGAGUCUUCAUCUGGAAGUCUUUCUAACUACUAGUGGACAAUUGGGGCCUACCAGAUGUCGACCUGAUGGCGUCUCGACACAAUCACAAGGUUCCGGUCUUCGGAUUAAGGACAAGGGAUCCUCAAGUAGCGUUCGUGGACGCACUGGCAAUUCCAUGGAACUUUCGGCUGCCAUACGUGUUCCCUCCAGUGUCACUCCUGCCCAGGGUACUAUGGAAGUUCAAGCAAGAAAGAGGAAUACUACUUCUGGUCGCUCCAGCUAGAUGGCUUUGGUUCUCAGACCGGCAAGGUUUAUCGAUAGAGCGUCCUCUUCUACUUCCUCAACGCCCAGACCACCUCGUUCAGGGCCCUUGUGUCUAUUCCGGACCUGGCCAGACUGGCUUUGACGGUGUGGCUCUUGAAGCUUCACUCCUGAGGGCCAAAGGAUUCUCCGAAGCUGUUAUUCAAACUAUGUUGAAGGCCCACAAACCGGCUUCUCUACGGAUUUAUUACAGGGUGUGGAACUCUUACUUCACAUGGUGUGCUGCUAAGAAUUAUGAUGCCUAUUCGUUCAGAACUUCCAGGCUUUUGCCUUUGCCUCUCUCCGGAGGUCAGAUACCCUGUUUGUACUUUUUGGUUUUCACAAACGUGGUUGGCCUCCGAAUAAGCAAACCUUGGCCAGAUGGAUUAGAAUGGUGAUUGCACAAGCCUAUGCACAGGCUGGACUCCCAGCUCCUGCUGCUAUCAAAGCCCAUUCUACAUGGUCUGUUGGACCUUCUUGGGCGGCCCGCUGUGGCGUGUCCGCUGAACAAUUGUGCAAGGCGGCUACGUGGUCCUUCGUGAACACAUUCAUUAGAUUCUAUGCCUUUGAUACUUCCGCCUCCCAGGAUGCUUCCUUUGGACGCCGGGUUCUUGUGCCCGCUACGGUGUGUCCCCUUCCAUGAGGAACUGCUUUAGGACAUCCCCGAUGUAUUCCCUGUGGAAUACCAGUGUACCCCGCUGCAGAAAAGGAGAUUUAUGGUAGACUUACCAUAGUUAAAUCUCAUUCUGCGAGGUACAAUGGAUUCCACAGGGCGCCCACCCUGGCGCACUUAGCUUCUUUGGGUUUGUCUGGCAUUAGACGCUGGUCCCUUCUCCUGUCGUGAGAAUGUGGUGUAUGUGACUAACAUCUACCGUCUCUUUACCUGCUACUGCAUUGGACUGGUUUACAAAACUGAGCUCCUGUGCCUGGAGGCGGGGAUAUAGAGGGGAACAGUCAAAGCUUUAGCCUGUUGGUGCCUCGGAUCAAGAUCCAACUCUACCCCCGAUGUAUUCCCUGUGGAAUCCAGUGUACCUCGCAGAAAGAGAUUUAACUAUGGUAAGUCUUACCAUAAAUCUCCUUUUUUCUCUUUUCUGUUUGUGUUAAAACCUAAACCAGAUGAUGUGUUUGUUCACAUAUUUGCCAUUUCAUACUAUUUUUCUGUUGCUUAUACCUCUGUGGGUCUUGAUAAAUAGAAUAACUAUAAUUCUAUAGUAUUUAAUUGUGUAUUGUUUUGUCACCCUUUAUAACAGCUGAUACUAACAUUUUCUUUAUUGCAUGAUGUGUUUUGCCAGCUAAGAUUCACUACAAUGAGUUACUAUUAAUCCAAUGAAUUGGGGACUCAUUCUAUGCAAUAAUAGUGACUGUGUGAAACAUGUGCUGCACGGCUACACUAGUGAGCUGAGGGGUUCACACUUAUCCUGGAAUGGUGAAAAUGUACUACGAAGAGAUGUUCACUGAUGGUCAUUGGGUGGGUGGACGCCUUUUAUGGCAAGACAGUACUGAAAUUAAUUGGAUCAUUGAGAGCUAAAGCUGGGUACACACCUAUACAAUCACAGCACUGCAUACACACCUGUACAAUCACAGCGCUGCAUACACACCUGUACAAUCACAGCGCUGCAGACACACCUGUACAAUCACAGCACUGCAUACACACCUAUACAAUCACAGCACUGCAUACACACCUGUACAAUCACGGCGCUGCAUACACACCUAUACAAUUACAGCACUGCAGACACACCUGUACAAUCACAGCGCUGCAUACACACCUGUACAAUCACAGCGCUGCAUACACACCUGUACAAUCACAGCGCUGCAGACACACCUGUACAAUCACAGCACUGCAUACACACCUAUACAAUCACAGCACUGCAUACACACCUGUACAAUCACGGCGCUGCAUACACACCUAUACAAUUACAGCACUGCAGACACACCUGUACAAUCACAGCGCUGCAUACACACCUAUGCAAUCACAGCGCUGCAGACACACCUAUACAAUCACAGCACUGCAUACACACCUGUACAAUCACAGCGCUGCAGACACACCUAUACAAUCACAGCACUGCAUACACACCUAUACAAUCACAGCACUGCAUACACACCUAUACAAUCACAGCGCUGCAGACACACCUAUACAAUCACAGCACUGCAUACACACCUAUACAAUCACAGCGCUGCAGACACACCUAUACAAUCAGCGCUGCAUACACACCUGUACAAUCACAGCGCUGCAGACACACCUGUACAAUCACGGCGCUGCAGACACACCUGUACAAUCACAGCACUGCAGACACACCUGUACAAUCACGGCGCUGCAGACACACCUGUACAAUCACAGCACUGCAGACACACCUGUACAAUCACAGCACUGCAGACACACCUGUACAAUCACAGCACUGCAGACACACCUGUACAAUCACAGCACUGCAGACACACCUGUACAAUCACAGCACUGCAGACACACCUGUACAAUCACAGCACUGCAGACACACCUGUACAAUCACAGCACUGCAGACACACCUGUACAAUCACAGCACUGCAGACACACCUGUACAAUGAACAUGCAUACUUCGGAUAUUGGGAGAACGGCCGGACGAUUGUAUAGGUGUGCGCCCAGCUUCAGUACAUGGCUUGUGUUUCUAUCACUCCCUGAAAUCAGCAAUAACUGUAUGCAGAAACACUCUCCCAUUAAUAUUGUAUUAUGUAGCAGCAACCAGUCGCCUUUUAUUUUGCAGCACCUACGUUUAUGUUGUGUAAUAUACAUUAUUAUUAUUUUAGUGGUGGUUUGUAAAAUUGGAUGUUGGCUUUUUCCAAACGUAUUAAUGACUUUCAUCUACUUUGAAAACCAAAACAAACAUGGCAAAGUGACCAGAUAGAGCCUUCUGAUUGGCUGAUCUAUUUUAUUUACUUAUUCUUAUAAUAAAUGUAACGUAUUAUGGAGGUUUCAUUUCACUUUCUUACUAUUUGUGCUGACAUCAGCGACAUCACAGAUCGUUACAUACAGAUAAUACAGGUGCAUCCUGACGUGUCCCCACCUCCCCCCCCCCCCCCCCCCUACAGAAGGUGCAUUUGUUUUAUGGCUAGUUCAUCACGUGUGUCCAGAUUAUAGUGACUUUAAUGCUACAUUAUCAAAUAUCUUGGCUCAGAAUGAACACUGACUGCAUGUAGCAAGUGUGUACAUGUUACGCGGUAUCUGCUCUACACUGACGUCCUGAAUGAUGAACCAUAAAACGUCUUCUAUUCCUCUGUCACAAUAUUCAGAGUUCAGCCUUCCCUCACUGGUCACAGAACGGAGGCCUCUAUUGCAGCGUUGCACACGUGGGGGCUGUUUCAUUUGAUAAUCUUAUAUAUUCCACGCUUUGCUCAUUCUAUUCUUCAUUAAAGCUUCAUUGUGUGGCAGCCAAUUGCAAGCUUGUAACCUGGCUGCUAAUAUUGAUGCACAGUUUUUAAAUGAGCAGAUAGCCAUAUUCUCCUAUUAGAUAUGUCAUGCUGUGUCAGUAUCCAGGGAUUAUGGCGUGGGUAGGGGGAGCUAGAUUUAGAACCCAAAACAAUAUUCGUCUUACCAGAAAACUAAUCUUCAUGCUGUCUUAUGGAUUUAAUGAAUUGUUGGCAAAUGGGAUGUAUAGUAUUCUAAAUAUACAUAAAAAAUAUUCUUUAUUUAGCUCCAUAGUAAUUUUUAGAUGCUUUAAUGGAAUUAACAUUCAUUCCCUUUCUUCAUUUAAGCACCCAGUAGCCAGUCCCAAAUUGCUGCGCCCUAAUCUCCCUGCAGGCUACAGACCUCGUACAGUGUGUAAAUAUAGAUAAUGAUUUCUACAAUUCUCUGACACUGUGUAAACCCAGGACGGUAUAAAGAAUUUCCUAUAUGCCUUUGUAACUCUGAUAAUGUCUUGUCUUUUGGACAAUUAAACAUGCCAUCUGUCU